AUGAAAAGACUAAGUGAAGCUAUUAAUUUCAUUGAGAAAGAGAUUAGAUUUGAGAACACAGUCUUCUCAAUCCUAGAUGAAAAUCAGCAGAGAUUUAAAAGGUUUAAGAAUAAAGAUAUAGUGAUAGCAAGUGGCUUUAAUUUUGAACAUGACUUUGUAAUAGGCAGUGGCUUUUAUCUAGAUAAAACUGGAUACAAACCUGAGCAGCAAUAGAUUCAGAACAGAGUAUUUGCUUUCAUUCAAGUUGUAAAAAAUCUUUACAAUGUCAGAGAGUAUCUUUGCAAUAAAUAUCAAUUUACAGAUGGUACACCAUUCACUAACUUAUUAGUGCAAUACUUGAAAUUGAUUUAUAACUCUUAAGAAGCAUAGGAUGCUUAAAAAUUUGCUAUUUAUUUGAUGCAGCAUUUUGACAAGUCAGUUUAUCUAUAAAUGGAUAUAUUUGAAGCUUUGAUUUAGACUAUCAACAAAGAAUAAAAAGUGACAUCUCAGAAUCGACUUUUAGGAGCUCACCUGCCCAAAUUAGAUCCAUGGGAAAUUUGGUUCAAAGAAAAUAACAAUGUGGGAAAUGCAAUUUUUAAGAAACAAAAUUCAGCUAACAAACUACUCAUGCAGCCUAAGAAAUAUCAUUUCAAUGAACUUCUAAAAUUGAUUAAGUAAAAGUUGGAGCUAUCACCUGAGAAUGAUUUAGUUCUAGUGGAAAUGGAUAAGCGAAUGAAUGUAGAGCAUAUAUUUCAAGCUUAGAAGCAUCCCAAAAUAACUCUUAAGCAUAAUUAAAAAUUGCAAGUUUAUGGCUAUGUCAUAAAGACAACUUAAAGCCCUUGUCCUAAUUUUUAACUUGUCAAAGUAGUUGAUCAUAAAGGCAGAGUUUUGAUGGCUCCUCUAAAUGUACCUAGCAUGUAUAAAUAGACUCUUUAUGAAGCAUUCAGAUCUGUCUUCUCAGUGAUUAGAAAAGACCUUGAGAAGCAGGCGUUUAGAGACAUAAAUUUUAAUUAAAAUCUUGGAGAUGAUCAAGCAUUUCAGAUAAGUUUCAACACUUAUGAGAGAGAAUCUUUGUUUAAAUUAAAAAUUGUAAUAAGUGAAUCCAAAGAGCACAUUUAUGAUCACUAUAAUGAUAAGAAUACUAUUCUGAUGGGAUAUAAAUAAAUAUAGAUUGUCUUUACUAAUAAAAAUAUAUCCAGAGAAAUGAGAAAAUAUUAUAAAUACCUGCAUUAACAAAUUAAGAAUAUAAAGUAACUAAAACCACAGAUCAAGUAGGAACCUAAAAAUUUGAAUGACUUAUUAGCUGAAAACUUUUACAAAGAUAAAGAGUAAAUUUGUCAGAAAUGCCAUCUGAAAAAGAUUAUAUCGAGAGUAGAUAUGACUCAUCAUCCCUAAUAUCUUAUCAUUGGGAUAGAGCGAUCAAUAUAAAAAGGUGAAGUCAUUAUAGAUUAUCUUAUUUAACUAAAUAUACCUGGACUAAAAAUUACUGUUGAUGGUGUCCAGUAUGAACUAAUUAGUAUUGUAACAGAAUAAGGUAAAGACAAGAGAUACUUUGUUUAUAACAGGCAUCUAGCUAAAAAUGAAUGGUACUGCUAUAUCGAUACAUUGGUAUAUCCAGUUCUUUAUGAUAAAAUUAACACCCUAAAUUUCACAAGAUACUUAGUUUAUAAGAAAGUAGAAUAAGUUGGGAUAGCAAAAUGA